UCUCUACCCGGCAGGAUGCGGGAGGCACCUGGGUCAGAGAAGUCGGAGCCGGGCUGCGAAGCCCAGUGCACGGGGUCCUGCCACGCGCAGCGCGUCCUGCAGACCCUCAACGCCUACCGGCGGAGCGGCACCCUCACCGACGUAGUGCUGCGCGCCGGCGGCCGCGACUUCCCGUGCCACCGUGCGGCGCUCAGCGCAGGCAGCGCCUACUUCCGCAGCCUGUUCGCCGCCGGGCGGCCGGAGCACGGCCUGGCCGUGGUACCCGUGGUGCCAGUGGCGCCGGAGGCGCCGGGUACCGCGCCGGCCGGUGUAGCGGCGGCGCUGGCCGUGGUGCUUGACUACGUGUACGGCGCGGGCGUGCGGCUGCGCGCCGAGAACGAGGCGGCCGCCGUGCUGGCGCUGGCGGAGCGGCUGGGCGUGGUGGGUUUGCGCGAGGACUGCGUGCGCUUCCUGGAGGGCCGCUUGCGCGCCACUAACAGCCUGGCGCUACGCCGCGUGGCCGCCGCCUUCUCGCUCAGCUCGCUGGCCGAGCGCUGCGGCCGUGUCUUGCGCCAAGCCUUCGCCGAGGUGGCAAGACACGCCGACUUCCUGGAGCUGGCGCCUGACGAGGUGGUGGCGCUGCUGGCUGACCCCGCGCUGGGCGUGGCGCGCGAGGAGGCUGUGUUCGAGGCGGCCAUGCGCUGGGUGCGGCACGACGCGCCGGCCCGACGUGGGCAGCUGCGGCGCCUGCUGGAGCAUGUGCGACUACCGCUGCUGGCCCCAGCCUACUUCAUGGAGAAGGUGGAAGCGGAUGAGCUGCUGCAGGCCUGCAGAGAGUGCCGCCCGCUGCUGCUGGAGGCCCGCGCCUGCUUCAUCCUGGGCCGAGAGGUCGGCACGCUGCGGGCCCGGCCGCGGAGAUUCAUGGACCUAGCUGAAGUGAUCGUGGUCAUCGGCGGUUGUGACCGCAAAGGUCUUCUGAAGUUGCCCUUCGCCGAUGCUUACCACCCAGAAACCCAGCGCUGGAUCCCAUUGCCCAGCCUACCCGGCUACGCGCGCUCCGAGUUUGCCGCCUGUGCUCUCCGCAAUGACGUCUACGUCUCCGGAGGCCACAUCAACAGCCGUGAUGUGUGGAUGUUUAGCUCCCAUCUGCACACCUGGAUCAAGGUAGCCUCACUGCACAAGGGCAGGUGGAGGCACAAGAUGGCAGUCGUGCAGGGGCAGUUGUUCGCAGUGGGCGGCUUCGACGGCCUGCAGCGCCUGCGCAGUGUGGAGCGCUAUGACCCCUUCUCAAACACCUGGGCGGCCGCCGCACCCCUCCUGGAGGCAGUGAGCUCUGCAGCAGUGGCGCCCUGUGCUGGCCGCAUCUACGUGAUCGGGGGCGCGGGUCAGGAUGGAAUCAACACCGACAAGGUACAGUGCUUUGACCCCAAGGUGGACCAGUGGAGCCUGCGGUCACCAGCACCAUUUUCACAACGGUGUCUCGAGGCUGUCUCCCUUGAGGACAUCAUCUACGUGGUGGGAGGCCUCAUGAGCAAAAUCUUCACCUAUGAUCCUGGCACAGAUGUCUGGGAGGAGGCAGCUGUCCUCCCCAGCCCUGUGGAGAGCUGUGGCGUGACUGUGUGUGACGGGAAGGUCUACAUCUUUGGCGGGCGGGAUGAUCGUGGGGAAGGCACAGAUAGGGUCUUCACCUUUGAUCCCAGCAGUGGACAAGUAGAGGCCCAGCCAUCCUUGCAGCGUUGUACCAGCUCCCAUGGCUGUGUCACCAUUAUCCAGAGCUUAAGCAAGUGACUCAGACUUGGACAGCAUGAGUCAGGAGGCAGAGAGGCAGGGGGAAGGCAGGCGAACCUCUCUGUUCCCCUCAUGGUACCUCGAUGUAAAAUAGCCCCUUAACUUAUUGUCCCCUUUUCUUGUAGAAAUAAAACCUCAUUGGAUCUGUG